GACUAUGCCUGGUACUAUUACUGUUCUGUGCUAUGUCACCGAAUAUAGAUCAAACUCUAGUCAAAGCUUCGACAUAGUUGAUGCUUCAGCGAUUAUGAAUUCUCAUUCUUUGAAUUCAUCUUUAAAAAUCUUUUUAAAAGGAUUUUACUCUCGAAAUACUACACAGGAAUUUAGUCUUCCUUCUUUUGGAAAAGAAGAUGUGGUACUUGUGACAGGAAAAUUUCGUGUAGUCGAAUACAUAAACGAAAAAAACGAAACUCUUUCAGCCAUAAAAAUCGUUAUAAAUGACCUUGUUCAUUUUGGUAUUGAACUGACUAAUCUUCCGAAAUUUCCAGCUUUAGUCUGCAUGACUGCAAUAGUACAAGAACUCCCGAAAGUUGAUGGUGAUGAUGCAACUAUGGUUGUUGUGAUGACUGACUAUAUGGACCAAGAUUCAACAUCUACUCAAAUGAAUUGCUACUACCUUGCAACAGCUCCGCAUUUGAUGCGUGUAACUAGAGCUAUAAAAAAAAAUUCACUUCUUUUUAUUAACGGAGAGUUUCUUUUGUAUAAUAAUAAAAUUUUUGUGCAUGUUAAAAAUAUAACCUUUUCGGGUUACCAAAAAUCCUUAGAAAAUACAAACACUUCGGCUGAAAUCCCUUGGGAAUCUGAACUUCAUAAUGAACCAAACAAACAUGUUAGCUUCGCUGAAACGAUAGCUGAAAGAUUUGAUCGCAAUGCUAAGAAUAAAGAACCUUUGUCAGUACCUGAACUUUCCUCUAAAAACAAACCUUCUUCUAAAAUCAAACCCUCCUCUAAAGUCAAACCUUCAUCUGUAAUCAAACCCGUCUCUCCGAUAAAACCUUUUUCUGUGAAAAAACCUUCCUCUUUAACAGACCUAGCAAAAGAUGCAUUAACUAAUUCAACUGAAUUAGAUCUAUUGCCGAAUUCAACUGAAAUAGGUCUGUUGCCUAAUUCGACUGAACCGGAUCUGUUGCCUAAUUCAACUGAACAAGAUCUGUUGCCUGAUUUAACUGAAUCUGAUGUGUUAUCUCCUAUAGAUGUUGACGUUCUGUCAGAAUAA